CCUAUUUGACUUUCACUUUCGCUUUAGUUUCCGCAAUGUUUUUUGCGUUUUGAAACGCAAGAAAUGCUGGCAAUUCGCAUGAACCAAUCCUAAUUAAGAGUGCUGGUCUCAGUUCAUUUGUCUCUGACUUCAUGGGAUUUCGAUUGACGUUUACGUGCAAACGUACUUCCCCAAAAAGAAUAUUUAGUCGUGCGUCAUUUUGUCUGCGUGGGUUUCUGAGGUACUCACUGAGGUCGGGCUUUUGUGAGAUUCUAACAUUGUGAGGCAUACCAUCCAUCAGAUAACGUCUCUAUUAUCAAAGUCCAUGGCUGCUCCGGACCAAUAUCAGCUUCAGGUGAUUAAUCAGAUAGCAGAGGCACUCAGCAGUGAUGAACGGGAAAGGCUGUUCUACCUAUGUGGAAGCUGGGACACGGACAACAGUGUGGUUUGCUUGAAGGAGAUGCUGAAAUGUAAAGUAAUGCACCAUGGGACCGAUAACCAGUUGCUGGGAGAGCUGAUGCUGGAAUUGAGACGUUUUGAUAUCCUGAGGAAGGUGUGUAAAACCAGCAGAGAUGAGGUGGAGAGGACACUGAUGAACAGGCAGGUUCUGCCAAGAUUCAGAGUGCUGAUGUCCAAUAUCAGUGAAGAUAUGGCCAGUGAAGAUCUGAACAGUGUGAAAUUCUUGUUAGUGGGCACAUUAUCCCGUGAGAAGAUUGAAAGCGCUAAGAGUUUCCUGGCUGUGAUAAUUGAACUUGAGAAGCUGGAUAUCGUUUCACCUCAAAAAGUCGACUUCGUGGAGGAAUGUCUGCUAAACAUCGACAGGAUUGACCUAUCUAAAAAAGUGACCGCCUACAAGAUGUCAGUUGGAACAGCUGAAUAUCAUCCAUCUCAACAGCAAAGGUGCAAAGCUCCAAAACCAUUGACCCUAGCGAUUGGUUCUCGUCCUCUACCGCCAACGAGACAAGGACAGUCCCUCCACAGUGUACCACAUUGCUCUUCAGCGGUAACAGAAACCAUGCCAGUGUCUGUGUACAGAGAGCAAACCUGUCAGAGUCAACUAGAUGCGUACAAAUUUAACACUAAUUCAAGAGGACUUUGUGUCAUCAUAGACUGCGUGGGUAAUGAUGGAGACAUGUUGGAGCAGACGUUUAAGGCCCUCCACUUUAACGUUGUCCUCCACAAGUGGCUGAGUGCGGAGGACACUUUCUCUGCUCUCAGAGGGACGUUCAGACAGAGAGAGAACCUUGAAUGUGACGGCUUUGUCUGUUGCAUCAUUAGCCGUGGUACGACAAAUUAUCUGCUGGGUACUGACUCACACGGUGAAGGUCUACAUCUGGACCACGUCAGGCGUCUUUUCACUGCUGAUUCGUGCCCAAUGCUGGCUGGCAAGCCCAAACUCUUCUUCAUCCAGCGGUACAACAUCUCCGAGUUUCAGCUCCGUGCUAGGAUGCGCCACCAGGAUGAGGAUCUGGAGACGGAUGGGUGUCAAACACUUCCAAGUCGCGAUGUCAUCCCUACAGAUGCAGACGUGUUCUGGAGUCACUGCUGGACGGAUGAUGGUCAGCUGGAACAAGGAAACCAUCGAUCGAUUUACCUGAAGGGUCUGACAGAUGCCUUACACAGAGGCCAAAGGAGGAAAACACAUCUUGUUGAUGUUCAUACCGAAGUGAAUGGGGCCAUCUUUGAGCAUAACAAGAGGAAUUCUGGAGCAAAGUACCACAUCGAGGUGAAACAUACUUUACGGAAAAAUCUUUACUUGCAAUAGGAAACUUAGAGCUAUCACUUUUGGUAAAUCUUCAACAAUAUCAGUUAUAUAUUAAUGUCAUAUAUUCCGUGCCACAGAAGAACCUUUCCUUAACUGUGUACUUAGUGACACCUGGUGGUUGCAUUAACUCAAAGCAAAACUUAUUUAAUUGUUUGUUUUUAUGUUAAUUUAUUUGAUGAUUGAAAUUUUUUACUCAGUAUGUUAUGAAGACAUCAACUAUAAUAUCAAACAUGCAAAUGUACAUGUGCAACAAAGUAGUAGUGGUAUAAUGGGACACCAACUCCUAACCCAAACCCCAGAGAAAACAAUAGACACUUGGAAACAACAAACCCAAUGUCUACACGUAAUCACACAUAACCUGCUGCGUUUUUGAAGCAUAAAUGUGAAUGCCAUUUUUCUUGCCAUAUGCAGUGCAGCUAAACCGAUAGCUAAUAUGUACAUGUAUUUUAUUUUAUUUUUUAGAAUAUCACUUUUAUGAUCUCUUUAAGUUUGUGUGGUUAAUUGUUUUUGUAAAUGGGGACAUUUGGGGUGUAGUCAACACUACAUUUGAUCCGUCCGCCUGUCAUUGUUUGUAUGAUGACACCUCUGAAUACUUGUAUUACAUUUAAUGUUUUAAUAUUUUCCUGUUUUGUUUUAACUUGGAUAUAUGCAUUUUCUGUGUUUUAUCUUAAUGCAAAAAGAGAGAGAGAUAAGUGCGUUAUAAAUAAAUGCAAGUAUGUGUGACAAUAGCCAACCUGAUCUAGGAACUACUCUCUCUAUAUUUUUCUUUACUGUUUUCAGUAGUAAAGAAAAUAUAUUUUACUGGUUCCUGAAAUGAAAGAGGCAGUAAGUCAGUGUACCUUUAAUACCUUCAAUAUAUUUUUACAAUAAGUUGAACUCAAUUGCAUAUUUUGUGUUGUUUUAGUUUCUUUUCUUUUAAACAUUUCUGUACUCUUUGCUAGAUUACAAUGAAGUUAAAGAACAAUGAUUAAAAUAUAAAGACCUACAUGUUCAUAGGGUCAAUUGA